AUGUCCAACGCUGGCAACGCGAGCGUGCUGCACGUUGGCCCCAUGGUCACGGGCAAGGAAGAGAAGGAGAAGAUCAUCUUCAAGCGCCGUCUCGAUGCGCUCGGGCUCAAGGGCCUCCCGCGCCACAUCACGGCGCAGAUGCAGCACGUCGCGGUCGCCAAAGCCGAUGCGCUCGUGCGCUUGGCCUCGUCCAACCCAAUGACAGCGUCGUCGGCCUCAUCGUCCAAGCCCCUAAUGAAGACAGCGUGGAACUACGUCAAGGAUAAGAACGGCGUCAUGCUCUACGAGGGCCUCGCCGAGACGGGCGAGUACAUGGUCAAAGCCACGGUGAACGCGUCCAGCAGCGUCGCCAACGCGGUCGCGCAGCUCCGCCUCGACAGCACCGAGCUGCUCAACCAAACCUUGAACGCGCUCGGGAAACCAGCGUUCUACACGGGCGACCACAUUCUCAGCGUCAACUGCGACCCGCUACCACCGUUGCAUCUCGCGUGGAUGGCGUGGUCGACCGAAGGCGUCGAGAUCAAGGACUUUGUCUUUAUGGCGCAUGCACAGCUCUUCGCCUCUCCGGCCAACCAAGCGAUGCCACGUAUUGGCACCAUGGUCUGGGAGUCGGUCGACGUCGUUGCCGCCAAGUACCCGAACGCGACGCGCAGUCUCUUCAAACACACGGGCAUCGUUGUGACGGCCAGCGACGACGCCGACGACGAGAACUGUCAGAUUUCGCUAGUCUUUUGCCUCGACAAACACACCAAGCGACUCAAGUGGAUGCAAGCGUUCGCACUCAACUUCGUCGCGAGCCUCCGGACCGCGUCGGCCGCGCGCGUCGCCGUCGCAACGACCGCCGACUUUGGCGACGAGAUGCACUGCGGCGUGUGCCUCAAGACCUUUGGCCUCUUUCGCCGGCGGCACCACUGUCGGAUGUGCGCGCAUGCCAUUUGCACGCAGUGCUCGACCACCGUGAUGCUCGACCAGGUCGGCGAGAAGGGCCGAAAGGGCGUGCGCGCGUGCCUCCACUGCGCGUCGCGGCCCAAGCAGCACCGCGUCGUCCGCUCCCACGUACAGAGCGACGACACGACGUCGCCGAGAAGCGUGCACUCGCAGCUGGUCUCGCCCGAGAGCGAGUUCUCCCACCUCUCGUCCGUCAACAACAACAACAGCAGCAGCAGCAGUGGCAACCUGCGCGCGACCGCCAACAUGAGUGCGAGCAGCAACGGCCCGCUCCCGCGCAAGGCGUCGGACCAGUCGCUCUUUGGCACCGACCGCGGCCACCGUGCUGUGACCGCCAACUCUGCAACAAGCAGCAACAACAGCAGCAGCAACCCAGGACUCCGCGAGUCGACGCGACUGCCGGCGCGACGCAUGUCGGGCGGCGUCUCCAACCCGUCGCUAAGCUCGCUCUCCACCACAGCCACGAGCACCCUCCACAGCCAAAGCGGGAGCUACCAAAACGUGCUGGACGCGCUCGAGCCCGAGCCGAGCUUGUCGCGGCACCCGAGCGCGCCCCGGAUCGCACCGCCGCCGCCGCUCUCGCGCCAGUCGAGUGGCCAGCGCUCCGAGGCGUCAUUUUCUCGCCACGGCAGCAUUCCGCGCCUCGUGCCCAAGCCGCGCUCCGAAGUCGGCGUCGCCCGCGCCCCGCGGCGCCCGCACUCGAGCACCCGCGUCAACAAGGCCCCGGCACCCGUGGUGCGCGAGCGCGUCGGCCAGCACAUGAUCCAGCUGAUCGAGGACGAGGGCGGCAUGAUCAAGCUCGUGAACCCGCUCAAUAUGUUCAACGAGCACGCCGAGAUGGAUGCGAUCGACUCGCUCAUUGCGCCGCCGCCGCCGUCCGACUUGAUUCCGCUUCUGGAAGAGAACCUCUCGGGGGAUACGUUGGCGACGCUCGGUUCGCGGCCAUCGGACCUCGCGUUCCGCCCGACGUUUAUUAGUGUCACGAGCGACACGGAGUUUUAA